AUGACACGCCUAAGCCCUACGCUCCAGUUUCAGAUCGUCGCCCUCGAGCUUAUGGGCCCAUGUCCGCUGGACUGCGAUCUUGUCGAGGUCAGACGUUCGCAAAUCAGGAAAGCCGAAGCCCUCCUUCCGCGCACACGACCUUUCUCGGCUCUCAGCAAAGGCCCCCCUCCGCGAAACCCUGGCGACCCUCCUCUUCGCGUUCCGUGGCCUACCCUCAGUCCUGUGAUCCUCGCGCUUCUUCACUUCGGCACGCUCAGCCUGCACUUACAUUUUGCGUACAAGUCAUCCUGCGACACAUGGAAGCACCUAGCACCUCACAUACCUGCUGUCGUCGACUGGCUCGACCUUAUACUCCCGACGAACGGCAACAUAGCAGUGACCUCGACUACGGGCGUCUACCUCGCUCCCAACAUCGUCUUAGUGGCCCUCAGGGGGUUGUGUAAAUCUGGCCUUCACGGCGAGGACAUCCCCGGCGAGAAGACGUGGCAGUUCAUGGCUCGAACGCCUGUUCUAUCCUGGCUGCUCGAUCUCUGGCUGAACUUCUUCGACUCCAGUAUAUACGACGGGGCUAUU